AGGUCAUAUGGCGCUGCAACUAAGUCGUUAUAUAUACAAAAAAAAAAAAAAAAGUGCAGAUUUAAAACGCAAAAGGAAAAAUAUCCUUUGGUGUGGCUUACUGAGAUCCGUGGCGGUGCUAAUGACGCACGUGCCCCACCAGUGCGCCUCACGUCCCUGCCAUACCAACAGGUGUUCCUCUCCCCAACAUGAAUAAGCCUCACAUUUUUACAAUUUACUUUUUUUUCAUUUUUCUUUCAUUUAGUGUAGCUUAUAGAAGUCCUUGGCAAACCUAACAACAGGUAUAUCCCCCAACAGGUGUGGAGGCACGGGCGAGGCACCAAGAUGAUCUGUACCACCGCGGCAUCUCACCUGCGCAGUCCCCUCACACACACUACGACUCCAGAGCCUACCUGGCCAGAGUCACGCAGUCGGGCAAGGUGGAUGUGACUAACGCUUCGUCCUUCACCGCCUAUGACAGUCUAGGACGCGGCUCCUACCUCCUAGGACUCCCCCGCAGGACUACAAGGACCUUCGCUUCAAACAGCAGCCACACAGGACCUGGACGGCAAGACCCAGACCAGAUUAUGACGACGAUACGACCACAAGGGAUCCUGCGAUACCUGAGAACCCUGAAGGACUGAAGGAUCCCUCCCUCCUGGUGGGGCCCUGGGAGGAGAAGCCCACUGUCAGGGUCACCAAUGCUGUGUUCAAGGGCGUGAACGGCAGCCUGGUGGGGGCGCAGGCGGGGACAGUGGCCAACCUCCCAUGCGUGAUCCAGAACAGGGCAGACCACGAGACGGUAUCGUGGAUUCGUCUCCGUGAUCACCACCUCAUCACCGUGGGCAGGCAGACGUACAGCCAGGAUGACAGAUUCUCCGUCACCUACAACAGACACCUCAACCAGUGGACGCUACACCUGCGGUACGUACAGGCCCGGGAUGCAGGGGAAUACAUGUGUCAGCUAUCCACACACCCCCCUAUGACCUUCAUUUCAACCCUAACUAUCACGCAGGCAUCAGCUGACAUUGCAGGAGGACCGGAAAGAUACGUGCAAGAAGGAAGUUCAGUCAUCUUAAACUGCACACUCCGCCAGCACACCCAGGCACCAGAAUACGUCUUUUGGUACCACAACAGAACCAUGAUUAAUUUCGACACCAACAGACAGGUGUCGGUGAGGAAAACAAAAGACGGCAGCAUCCUCACCCUGGCAGCAGUAGGCAGGACAGACUCUGGUAACUACACCUGCCACCCUGCCAACGCCCGCCACGCCUCCAUCACGCUCCACAUUAUAGCAGGUGACGCUCCCGCCGCUAUGCAGGUGUCCGCAGGCAGGCGCCCAGGAGACCUCGGCCCCCUGCUGCUGGUGCCCCUUCUGCUCCUCCUACAAGCUGUACAGGGAGCCCUACACGACACAGUGGCCCUUCCUGCCUCCAAACUAACGUGAUGAGCACACCUGACUCUGAGAAGACAGGUGUAGACAGGUGUGGACAGGUGUAGUGGUCUAUUCUGUCAUUUACACCUGAAGACGACAGAUGCAAUUAUCUCACUUACCUGUCCUUCCACACCUGAUACUGAAGACAGGUGUGGAAGACAGGUGUGACAGGUGUGAUCCUACCUGGCUGAUAUACCUGAGUUUGAGAAGAGCACAGAUGCAGACAGGUGUUGUGGUGUUACCUGUGUCAUCUCCCACAGGUGUAAUCUCUGACAGGUGUGAAUGUGUGUUGUGAUGUCACCUGUCUUUUUCAACACCUGACUGAGAGGAGGACAGGUGUAGACAGGUGUUGUGGUCGUACCUGUCCUAAUUAGGAAGUGAGACACGAGAGAAAAAAAACAAAAGUAAAAAAAAACAAAAAAAAUGAAAAGUGAAGAGAAAACGAAGGAAAAUGAAAACAAAACCACAUUCCACACAUGACUGGAAGGAAAACAGAUAUAAUGACCUUACCUGUGUGACCUCCCAAAACUACACACCUGCUCUCCACACCUACCAUAAACGUAUCAAGGAAUUGAAGAAGUGUACAUACCUGUGCUUUGGCUAAUUAGUGUUACCUGAAUGAGCUUUUGUGAUGGUGGUGAUGGUGGUGGUGGUGAUGGUGGUGGUGAUGGUGGUGGUGGUGGUGGUGGUAAAGGUGGUGAUGCUAAACUAAAAACGUGACAGAAAGGAGAGGAGAGGAAAAAAGAGAGACAGAGAGAGUCGUGAUGCAAUUGACAAGGCGAGGACAGUAAAAAAGAGAGCAAGGGAGUGAGAAAGUGAGAAAGUGAGCGAGUGACCGAGGGAGUAAUAAAAAAAAAUGGGAAGACAGCACAAACUGAGACAGAAAAUGGAAGACACAAAAAGUGAGAUAGAGAUAGAGAGAGAAAAGAGAGAGAGAAAAGUGACUCGUGGGAAAGCUCUCUCUUACAUUCCAUAGAGAGAGAGAGAGAGAGAGAGAGAGAGAGAGAGAGAGAGAGAGAGAGAGAGAGAGAGAGAGAGAGAGAGAGAGAGAGAGAGAGAGAGAGAGAGAGAGAGAGAAAGUGAAAAAUAAGAUACAUACUGCAUAAUGUGUAAUAAAAACAAUAGAAAAACAAAGAAAAACAUAUUUACUUGUACAUAGUGAUAAAGAAAGAGAGAAAGAGAAAGAGAUAGAAAGAUAAACAAAUAAACAAAUAACAUGACGUAAAGUGAAAGGCAGGAAAAUCAAUAAAACCGUAAAAGGUGAAAAUGAAAAUAAAGGAAGAAUAAAUUAAAUAAAAAAGUGAGCAAAAAUGAAAAAUAAAAAAAACAACGAAAAACAGAUAGAAAAAAUGAGAGAACAAAAGAGAGGAAGGGAAGAAAAUGAAGACAAAAACAACGAAAUAGAAACGAAAAGCAAAUAAAAAAAUACGAAAAGAAACGAAGAAAAAGGAAGAAAAGGAAAAAAAAACAUAAUAAAAGCAAAUGAACAAGAGAGAAUGAAAAAAAGGAAAUGAAAAAAAAUACAAACAAAAAGAAAGAAAAAGAAAAAUAGAAAAACAGGGUAAGGAAGAAAGGAAGGGAGGAGAAACGAGACAAAAAACACUAAAAAGGAAGGGAGAGGAAAGAGAAGGAAAAGAAAUGGAAAAAAAGAUAGUUUGCCUCAAAAAAAUUCCUUCCUUCAUUCUCUCCUUCCCUCCUUCCUUCCCUCCCUCAGGAUAUACAAGAAAGGGACACAUUAAAGCUAUCUCUAAUGAAGGGGGUGAGGGUGUCUGUGAGCGAGUGGAAAGUACCGUGUGUGUGUGUGUGUGUGUGUGUGUGUGUGUGUGUGUGUGUGUGUGUGUGUGUGUGUGUGUGUGUGUGUGUGUGUGUGUGUGUGUGUGUGUGUGUGUGUGUGUGUGUGUGUGUGUGUGUGUGUGUGUGUGUGUGAAAGAGAGAGAGAGAGAGAGAGAGAGAGAGAGAGAGAGAGAGAGAGAGAGAGAGAGAGAGAGAGAGAGAGAGAGAGAGAAAUCUAUGCAACUUUAUCCUUUUCUUCCUUCCUUUAUUCAUUCUUCUCUUCCUUCCUUCCUUCCUUCCUUCCUUCCUUCCUUCUCUUCCUCCUUCCUUUCUUCCCUUCCUUCCUUCUUCCCUUCCUUCCUUCCUUCCAUCCUUCCCUCCCUCCCUCCUUCCUUCUCUUUCUUGCCUCUUUCCUCCUUUCCUUCCUUCUUUUCUUCCUUUUCUUUCAUUUUCUUCGUUUCUUCAUUCAUUAUCUCUCCAUACUUUCAUCUUCCUUCUUUCUUACUCUCCCUCCUUCAUUUAUUCACUUCCUUCACGAUUAUAAUGCUACUCUAUCUUCUUCCCUUCCUUCACAUUCUUUUUUUCUUUCUUUAUCUCUUCCUUGUCUCUUUCUUUAUUUUCCAUUUUAUUAUUCACACUUUCUUUCCUCCCAUCCUUCCUCCAUCUUUCCUUCGACCUAAGCAUCUCUCUCUCUCUCUCUCUCUCUCUCUCUCUCUCUCUCUCUCUCUCUCUCUCUCUCUCUCUCUCUUGAAAAGCAAAACAGAACUAAAAUAUUUAUUACUCUUUCCCUUUUUCUCCUUCUCUCCCUCCCUUCCUUCCUUCCUUCCUUCCUUCCUUCCUUCCUUCUUUCCUUCCUUCCUUCUUUCCUUCACCACUACUUCCACUGUACAUUAAAACGUCAAGAACUAGUCCUCCUUUUCCUCUUCCUCUUCCUCCUCCUCCUCCUCCUCCUCCUCCUCCUCCUCCUCCUCCUCCUCCUCCUCCAUAACGCCAUGAAUUCUCCAAUAAAGCUUUCAGUCCUAACGUCAAAAUAAAAUGAAUGAGACUGGAAUAGACUGGAAUGGACUGGAAUGGACUGGAAUUGGCCUGGAAUCGGACUGGAAUGGACUAGAAUGGAAUGGAAUGGACUGGAAUGGGGUUGGAAUGGAACUGGAAUGGGACUGGAAUGGGACUGGAAUAGACUGGAAUGGACUGGAAUGUACUGGAAGGGACUGGAAUGGAUUGGAAUGGACUGGAAGGGAUUGGAAUGGACUGGAGGGGACUGGAAUAGACUGGAAUAGAGCUGGAAUGGGACUGGAAUGGACUGGAAUGGGACUGGAAUAGACUGGAAUGGACUGGAAUGAACUGGAAUGGACUGGAAGGGACUGGAAUGGACUGGAAUGGGACUUGAAUGGGCUGGAAUAGGACUAAAAUAGACUGGAAUGGACUGGAAUGGACUGGAAUGGAAUGGAAUGGAAUGGAAGGGACUGGAAUGGAUUGGAAUGGACUGGAAGGGACUGGAAUGGACUGGAGGGGACUGGAAUAGACUGGAAUGGACUGGAAUGGGACUGGAAUAGACUGGAAUGGACUGGAAUGAACUGGAAUGGACUGGAAUGGACUGGAAUGGGACUGGAAUGGGACUGGAAUGGGACUGGAAUGGACUGGAAUGGAUUGGAAUGGACUGGAAUGGACUGGAAUGGAGUUGGAAUGGACUGGAAUGGACUGGAAUGGACUGGAAUGGACUGGAAUGGAGCUGGAAUGGGACUGGAAGGGACUGGAAUGGACUGGAAUAGGGCUGGAAUGGACUGGAAUGGACUGGGACUGGAAUAGGGCUGGAAUGGACUGGAAUGGACUGGAAUGGACUGGAAUUUACUAGAAUGGACUGGAAUGGACUGGAAUGGACUGGAAUAGGUCUGCAAUGGACUGGAAUGGACUGAAAUGGACUGGAAUAGGGCUGGAAUGGGAUUGUAAGGGACUGGAAUAUACUUAAGCUUCCUGGAGCAUUGUCACUCUUGAAAGCUUAAAAAAUAAAUGAAUAAAUGAAAAGAUUAUGGGUGAAUGGAAGUGUGUGUGUGUGUGUGUGUGUGUGUGUGUGUGUGUGUGUGUGUGUGUGUGUGUGUGUGUGUGUGUGUGUGUGUGUGUGUGUGUGUGUGUGUGUGUGUUCAAACAGAAUGGUAGGCGUAGCGUGGGUGGAGAAAUGUGUUCAGAGGGCCUAUGUAUAUUUACUCUAGGUCUAUAAAUGCUGCCUCCUCCAUAUCCAGUCUAAGGUCUUAAAUAGGAAGCCCCUGGAAGAAUUUAAAAAUAUAAAUAAAUAAAUAAUAGUGGAUUUUUAAAGAAUCAGAAAAUUACCCUUGGAAAAAUAAUCUUGGGGAAAAAAUGAGGAAAAAAAAAACACUGAAGACCACUACAAAAAAAAAUACCCCUUAGAAAUUACUUACAGAAAAAAAUAUAUAUUGCAUAAAAAAUCUAUUGAAAAAAAUAUAGAAAAGACCUUCGGAAAAAAACACUAGAAAACUGAAAUAAAAAUAAAUAAAUAAAUGUCCCUGGAUAGAGAUAUUUAAAAAAAGAGGCCUACUGAUGAGAGGCCAGUGAAAAGACCUUGAGAAAAGACCGUCUAAGAAAUAGCUUGGAAGAAGACCACUGAGAAAGACCUUGAAAUGAAGCACUCGUGGAAGGAAAACACUAAGAAAAAAAGAUUUCUUGACGGAUUAUAACAAGAAAUAAAAUAUAAAAAAAUCUCUUGAAAAAAAUAAUAAAACACUAAAAAAAGUGAAUAUAAAAAAAUGAAAAUACUAGAAAACAAAAGAAGAGCAGAAAAAAAAACUUUAAAAUACAAUAAAAAGAAAAAUUGAAAAGAAAAUCAACAGAAAACGAAUGAAAGACAAAAACAAAUAAAAAAAAUACAAGAAAAAAAAACUAGAAAAACAGAAAAAAGAGGCUUACAAAGACACAUUCUCUCUCCUAGGCCUAUACAAAGGUUCCCCAGGCGGCAUUUCAAUAGGUCUAAGUGUUGCAGUGUUUCGUGUUGUAAAUAUAUAUAUAUAAAAAAAAUAAAAUCUAUACAUACACUUCACUCAACGUACACACACGUCUAUGUAUGUUGUGUAUGUUAUUACUGUGUGUAUAUAUAUGUGUACGUGUGUGUGUGUGUGUGUGUGUGUGUGUGUGUGUGUGUGUGUGUGUGUGUGUGUGUGUGUGUGUGUGUGUGUGUGUGUGUGUGUGUGUGUGUAUUGUAUUGAAAACUUAAGGGAAAGAAAACGAACUAUAUAUUUUUUUCUCUCUCUCUCUCUCUCUCUCUCUCUCUCUCUCUCUCUCUCUCUCUCUCUCUCUCUCUCUCUCUCUCUCUCUCUCUCUCAUCUUUUCCUCUCUUUCCUCUCCCAUCUCCCUGUCUACUUUCUUUUUCCCUCCUCUCCCCUUCCUGUCACUCUCCCUAACUCCCCCUUCUCAAUGCUCUUUUUUUCUAUCUUUUUUUUUCAUAUUUCAAUUUUUAUCUCGUAUCUCCUUUUUAUUGCAUUUCUGUUUUGUCUCUUCAUCUCACUCUCCUGUUUUCUCCCUUCUCUCCCUUUCUCUCUCUCUCUAGUAUUUUAUUUUCAGUUCUUCUUUGCUUAUCUUUUUCCUCUUACGCCUCUUCUUUCUUCAUAAGCCUAACCUAACUUACUCUAACAUAACCUAACCUAACCAAACCUAACCUAACCUAACCUAACCUUACUCUAACCUAACCUAACUUAACCUAACCUAACCUAAUCUAACCUAACCUAACCUACCCUAACCUAACUUAACUUACCCUAACCUAACCUAACCUAACCAAACCUUACUCUAACCUAACUUAACCUAACCUAACCUAACCUAACCCAACCCAACCUAACCUAAUCUAACCUAACCAAACCUACCCUAACCUAACCUAACUUAACUUACCCUAACCUAACCUAACCUAACCUAACCUAAUCUUACUCUAACCUAACCUAACCUAACCUAACUUACUCUAACCUAACCCAACCUAACCCAACCUAACCUAACCCAACCUAACCUAAUCUUACUCUAACCUAACCUAACCUAACCUAACCAAACCUAACCUAACCUAACCUAACUUACUCUAACCUAACCUAACCUAACCUAACCUAAUCUAACCUAAUAUAACCUAGCCUAACCUAACCUAACCUACCCUAACCUAACCAAACCUAACCUAACCAAACCUAACCUAACCUAACCUAACCUAACCUAACCUAAUCUAACCUAACCCUAACCUAACCUAACUUAACCUUACUCUAACCUAACUUAACCUAACCUAACCCAACCUAACCUAACCUAAUCUAACCUAACCUAACCUACCCUAA